AUGAUGAAUCUAUUCUGCAUUAUAAUCCUACUUCUUUUAAACAUUGAUUUAAAAGCUUAAAUGUACGAUGAGAGUUAAAUAUUUAAUUGUAAAGACGACAAUUAUGGUGAAGAAUCGGAACAAAUAAACUCUUAAAAGUUAAAGUUGUUUCCAAUAGAUUGUUGGACCUUUGUCUUAUUAUGUAUAAGUUGAAUGAUAAUUCCAAGCCCCUGUUACAUUUAUAAUAUCCAUCAGAAUUAUCUAUGAGUUCUUUAAAGAUUUUAGACUAUUUGGAGGUCCUGGAGAUGUUAUUUUUGUGAUAACAGUAACAAAUGCUAUCUAGUCAUUAAUUCAAUUUUCUACAGCAUUGUAUGUAUUUAUAGAAGAUUAAGCUCCAGCAAAUUUGUUCUGUGAUGUAAUUAUUAAAAUAAAAUAGAUUACAGGGAUAGCUACAUCGAUUGUGUUUGUGAUAUCGAAUUUAAAUAUUUUUAUAUUCUCUGCCUACCCUCUUGCUUUAGUUUAUAAUACAUUAGAGAAAACAGUCAAAUUUGUCAGAAUAUCUAAUUACUCUCUCACAACUCUAAUAAUCAUCCUAGUUAUUUUAGCCUUUAUAUUUGAUGAUAAUAUAAUUUCAAUCACAUUAAAUGGGUAUAUAAGAAUUUUAGAUAUAUUAGAAUGUGUGCUAUCUCAGCUACCCAUCAAUCUUUUUGGGAUUAUAUCAUAGCUACAAUUUAUUUAGUUGUUUUCCUUUUAUUUGCAACAAUGUCAAUAAUUUAUGUCUUUGCAUUCAAAAAGUUAGUUCCUAAAAUGUCAUCUAUUCGAUAAUUAAGAGGCUAAUACUUGAGAUAUUAUUAAAAAUUCAUUAUUUUCAGCCUUGUAAUGAAAUUUUUUCUUGGAAUUUUCAGUGCUAUUAAUUUACUCAAUUGUUAUAUCUUUUAUAAGAGUUAUCUUUUAGCCUCAGAAACCUGUUAAAAUGUUACCUAAGCACUUUGUAUUUUAGGCUAGGUUAUCAUCAUCACAAGAGAUCCACUACUAAUACCCAAGUUGAAACAUUCAUAAACAUCUGAAAGCCAGUCCGAGAUGGAUUCGCCAAAUGUAACAUAAACUGAAAUUUCUAUGUAAUGUAAAAAAUCUUUUACAUUUUUUUUUAGAAUUUAAUCUUUUAGAAUAGUUGUAAAAAGAAAUGAAAAAAACUCAAGUUAUUUCGAUGUUAGCAGGAAUUUAAAUGCUUAUAAAAUAGAAUUAAGAUAAUACAAUUAUCUAUAAAGAUUUAGAAAUAAAUGAUGAUUAAGAUGAUACUGAAGAAUCCAGUUCAGGAGAUCUAAGUGAUUUAAUCGAAAUUGCUCAUUAACCUUUUACUCCUGAAGAAGUUUAAGAAUGUUUGGUUAUCAAUCUGAAUAAUGAUCUAAUCAAAUCCUAAUUUAAUGAUACUCAAAAUAUUUAAGUUUUUUAAAUGAGAUGUAUUUUAUAUGCUCCAAAGAUUUUUAACUAUUUUGUAACAUUAGAUAAUAUUGAUCUAGAAGAUUCUUUUGAUGUUAAUAAGAAUUUAUAGUAAAUUGAUAAUUUCACAGGUCCAGAUGGUGGAAAAAGUGGUGAAUUCUUUUUUUUUUCUCAUAACAAUUAAUUGAUUAUGAAAACAAUGAGAUAAUAAGAAGUAAAUACUUAUAAAAAGCGUUUAUUAAACUUUGCUACUUAUUAAGCUAAUAAUCCAGAAUCUUUAUUAAAUAAAAUAUAUGGAAUGUAUACUUUUGAAAGACUUGAAAAAUCUGAAGCAAAAGUUCAUUUUUUAAUAAUGAAGAAUUUAUCUUUAGGUGUACCUAAAAAUCAAAUAUUAAGAACCUAUGAUUUAAAAGGGUCUGAAUAUGAUCGUGAAGUUCUUGCUAAAAAAUCUGAAAGUGAUUUGUCAAAAUUGACACUUAAAGAUUUGGACUUUUUUAAAAUAGAAAAAUAAAUUUGGGUUGAUUAAUCCAUUAUCAAGAGUAAUUUUAUUUAAUUAAACCAAGAAUUGAAUUAGAAUUUAAUUAAAGACACCGAUUUUUUAGAAAAAUAAAAAUUAAUUGAUUAUUCUUUGUUGGUUAUGAUAAUAGAUUGGAAAGAGAAAAAAUAAUAAUUUUUUAAUCAUUUUGGAGGCUAAUAAAUUAAUUUUAAUCCUUCAAUUAAAGAAUAAGGGGUAAAAAUUGAUAUAAUAUUUAUUAGAUUUAUUACCACAUAGGUAUAAUUGAUUACUUGUAACAAUGGAAUGUUAAUAAAUCGCUUGAAAGAAAAACUAAAAAGAUUAUUUAAUUGAAUUUACAUUUAGACACUUCGGCUUAGGAACCUAAUAGAUAUGGAAAAAGAUUUAAAGAAAAAUUAAUAAACAGAAUCCUUCCCUUAUGA